AUGGCACCAGUGACCCUUAUUAUUCUGUUUUCGUUAGCUACGUUGAUAUACGGGAGCAACCAACGGAUGUGUGGGGAGCAGCUAGCCGAUACAUUAAGUCUAGUAUGUAAUGGGGCAUUCAACAAACGGUCAGGUUUAGAACAUGUAAAUGGAGACGAGACGUCGUCAGGUGUAUCAAAGCGUUCGACUGACAGAGGUGUCGUGGAAGAGUGUUGUUUCAGAGAUGAGGGCUGCACUCUGGCAACACUACAGAGCUAUUGUGCGGAACCUGUUUUUUAUGACUACUCAGAAGAAAUUGGAACUACAGAUCAGCUUUUCUUUUCUCAGGUUACUGAAGCACCAACUGUCCAACAAGUACAGACAGAGGCUGUUCUGACCACAACCCCUUCGACAUCCCAACUUAGUGCCAGAGGACAAGCAAUUGCAUCUCGCUUCCUUCAGAUAUUUCGUUCUGGUGCCAGAAGUCGUGGCAAUAGCAGCAAUCGCCGUCCAUACUGGUUCUUUUUGCCGGGUCUGCAGCUCGGUCAGCGAGCAACACGUAGACCGUACACAGUCAAUACUCGCUAA